AUGAAAACUAUCCAUACACGUAAAGGGGGAAUUCCCGCUUUGGCGUAUGCUACCCAUCGUGUACUCGAACUACCGUUGUAUACACUAAAGAUUUUGAAUCAGGAUGUGCAGUUUGAAGUGAUUCUUGAACUUGUUUUGCCAAUCAAUAGCGUUGGUAACAAGCGACUCUAUCAGCUUCACUGUGGAGGCGGCAAUCUUGUGCCUGGCGGGAAUUCGCUCACGAACAUGGACACUCCUCUUUCGCAUGAAUUAUCGUCAUCCCUGCUACGGUAUGGGGAAUCUCGACCCGGAAUACUGUCGCUGUCGCUCAAGCAACCAUGUUCAGCAUGGUACCCCAAUGGACAUAGUAAUAUCGAUGCCGAGUUUCGAAAACUCUUAGAGCUGGCACGGUCACCAGUAAUCCAUAUUCUUUUCGACACUGCAUGGCUGAGUAAAGAGAACUUAACUCUGCUUAAGUGUAUUCUCAAAGGCUCUCAGGAGUUCGAUAGUGUUCCGGUUCUACCAGAGUUCAAGGUCUCGCAUAAGGAAGUAGAUUGGUCAAUCAUCAACUUUAUGCAGGAUGCUACUCCUGAAGCUUAUGUUCCUGCUGAAGACCAGGCGUCUGUGGUUAUAUCCUCUAUCGAAAAUGCGGGAGCUGAAGCACCUCGCUUCCAAGACGUGAGAUACGAUGAGCCCCCUUCAUACGCGCAUGUGGGUAGACACUUGAGAUCUGGCCACGGCUUAACACCAGAAAUUCCGGGUUCGAAGCGCGCCCGAGAAGAUUCAAACUUGCCUCCAAAAACAAAACGCGCUACUCUUGCGCCAUCGCUUCGCGCUGAGUCACCGGCUUCGUCUACUGCCACCGUUUCGGUAGACCUUUUCCAAGAAGCUGUCGCUUCCGCCGUCGAGAAAGUGCUCUCACACAAGUUGGAGAAGGAGUUGAUACAAAUGGUCAAGAAAGAGCUCCUACCGGUGUUAGAUGAGCUUCUUCGGAAAACGCCUGCUGGGCAGUCUCCCUCGCGAUAUUUGUCGCCGGCACCACCUUGCAGUCAAAUCCCCAACGCGCUCCCACACCACGAUGCGACCCCCACCCAUCGUCCCACGCUUAGUACAAUGAUCAAGGAAGCUGUUACCACAGCUGUCCACGAAUCCCUCGACGAAACCUUCUACAACGCUGUUGAUCAAUCUUGCAACUCUGCCAGCAUUGAAUUAGCGGAGUUAAGUACUACCUUGAGGGGUGACUUGGAAAUUACUAAAGAAGAUCAUAUGGCUGAUUGCAACGACGAGUUGAAUCACAUGGUAGUAGAGGCCAAACAGCGUUUAGCAGAAGAAUUGGAAACUUAUGCUGAAGAGAUGCUGCUUCGAACUGAGAAGCGUUUGAACGCGAUUGGCAACCGAGCGCUAUCUAAGGGCCUCCUUAAUGUAUCGGAGCAGGCUCGGAGGGCUAAGUCUCUGCCCGUUUCGAAUGAAGAUAGAAAGACAAUCGCGAACGGGUCAUGA